AUGAGUGAGAGUGAUAAAGAAAAAGGAUUAUCAAAUACAUCGAUAACAGAAAAUGAAAAUAUAAACUUGUACCCUAUAAGCAAUGAACCACAAGGAUUUUGGGAUAGAUACAACCCAGCAAGAAUACCUUGUUUCAAAGAUUCAUUUCUCUAUGGUAUAGGUUCAGGUGUAACUGUCACCUUUUUAUCAUCUGUAUUCUCUAGUCAUAGAGGAAUCAAAUCAGCAGAUUUUGGUAUUAUAACAUUUGCAUUGGUAGCUGGAUGUUAUUGGCCUAUAUGUACAUAUAAUAAACAAGUUCAAGAUAAAAAAAUUAAAAUGGUUAUGGAUGCUCAAGUUGCUGAAAUGAAUAGGAGAACAAAAGAAGAAUUAUCAAAAAUUAAUAAACAACCUCCAAACUAA